UGGAAACUUGGUAAACUGCUGUAAUUUUGUUGCUCUGGAGUUCUGUGGCCAUACCACAGAUUUCUUCAUGUCUCAUACCACGGAUUUCUUCAUUCCCCAGCGUACAGCAUAGCCUGCUGCAGCCUGCAUGAGAAAUGGGACAAGUGUGCUUAGCUGUGAGUUGGAUCCACUAUAAUAAGAUUAUCCCAGAGCUACACAGACCUCAGCAAGCAGCUAUUUUAAGCAGGGAAUAGCAGAGAACAAGAGCAAACAGCCGCAAAAUAUGUCCAGCUGUCUCCCUUUCUAGAAUUCCAGCAUGGAAAGUGUUGCUGUGGUGUGCAUACUGUGAGCCUCAGUGUUCUUUCCACUCUGCCCAUGAGUGCAUCAGCCGCCCAACGCAUUGAGCAGCAAUGCCAGACCAAGUCUGCCACAGAGGGACCCAUGUUCAGCUGGGAAAUCUUGUGCAUCACUGGGGUAUGGUCAUUGCCACCCCCUGCCCACUUCAGAAUGACCUGGGACUUGUGCUAAACCUGCUGGACUGACAGAAGACUCAGCAGAGAGCCUGGCUUGGCUUCUCACAGAUUAAACUCCUUCACACCACUGGUCAUGGCUUUGUGGCUGAAAGGAAAUUUUUUUUGGCUGUAUCUGUGCAAAAGUUUUAUACUAUCGAAUACUGAAAAAAAGAGAAAGUAACUAUGUUUGAACUCCUUUUUUUCAUUUUAUUCACCCCUGGAGUCAGUGAAUUCAUUUGUACAUCAUCAGAUCUUGAAAUGUCAUAUACUUUCUGUGAUUCUACAGCUCAUGCUUUCAUGUUUAAUCUGACACCUUGCAGCACGAUGAACAAAUCUGUCUGGAAGGCUGAUCUUACCUGGAUUCCAAGAAGUGACAUCCACUUUUUGAAGAUUGUCUUCAAUGUCUGGUAUGAUGGUGCUAAAGCACUCCUCUGGAAAGAACUCCUCUGCAGCGGAGCUGAUGAUGAAUACUCAGUGUGCGGAACGCUGAAAGGAGAAACACUUGCAUCAGCAUUUGAUAUUAAAGGCUCAAGAACAGCAUUUCCAAAGGGCAAUUAUACUAUUGUUGUGCAAGGAUUCUCUGAUGAUUCUGAGAGUAAUAUGCUCAUAUGCUUGAAUUUCACCAUGAUAGUAAAACAAGACACUUUCUGAGGGCAACAAACUUCUCAAGUAAUUCCAGAAUAUGGAGGUCACUUCUGUGGGCAACUGGAAUCCAAGCUGUGGAGUAAUAUGCACACUGAAUUUCCUGAGGCAGAAUACAUCAUGUGCUGUCUGGGAAGCUAUAAGAUAUAGUCUUUCUCAUUUGCAGCACAGCCAUAAUCUGUUGCUCAGCCAAUGUGCCCAAAAUUUCUGGGAAUCAAGCAUCCUGAUUAAUCCACAGAAUUACCCUGACUGGAUGUCAGGCUGGUCUUGCAUUUUGGUGCUGUGCCUUGAGUUACAAUAAAGUUCAGUGCUUCAGGCUGAGCUAAAGUAAUCAAGAAGUUUUGAAGUUUUGAAGUGCCAGAAUCAGAAGUUCAUCAGUAUUCAAUUUAAAAUAACACAGCAAUUGAAUUUGGGAACCCUGCUGUGAGGUGGUGGGGGGUGUUUUUUUGGUUUGUUUGGGUUUUUUUUUCCUUUUCUUGUAACAA